CCCCACACUCUCUCUCUCUCUCUCUCUCUCUCUCUCUCUGUCCCUCCCGGCGCUGCGUGUGUGUGAGCGGGCUGGUGGCGCGGCUGGCUGGUCGGGCCGGGGCGGUGGUGAGUCGCUGUGUGUCAGUUGGCUUGGUAAGGCAUCCGAGGCCGCGUGGCUCCCUUCCGCCCUGCCGCUCCUCCCUCCCGCUCACUGAACCUUCCCGCACUUCACGCACAAAGCCUAGAGAGCGCUGUAACUCCUCCCUCACGCCCGCACCUCCACCAGCGGCAGAGGUAGAGAUAAAAAGUUAAGUUCGUGAUCAAAAAGUACCGUGCGCGAAGUCUGAUGUCACGCGCGCUCGUCUCUUCACGUCUUCGCCUUCGUCAGUAACGCUAAGGAAGGUAAAGGAGGCGUGGGGAGUCCUGCAGCGUGUCCCUAGCGGUCCCUUGCUGGCUCGGAGGGGCGACAAGAGCGUGGGAGAAGGAAGGAAGUGAGUGGUUGGUUGGUUAGUUAGUUAAAUUGUUAAGUUAGUUGGGUGCCGGACUGACUGACUGGCUGGCUGGCUGGCUGGCUGGCUGCUGGCUGGAGGAGUUUACGUGAAGGACAAGCAGCAAAACUUGGCUUGCAUUGAGAAUACUUGGCGUUCCCUCUCCCUCCUCCUCCCACCUCUCUCUCUCUCUCUCUCUCUCUCUCUCUCUCUCUCUCUCUCUCUCUCUCUCUCUCUCUCUCGAACACACACUGAUAAGGAAAAACGAUACGUACUUUCAACCUUUCAACAAUAGUGACUUUUUUUGGAACCCCGAGUGACUGCAGCCCACAUUCCGCCCACGCCCACCAGCAGGAGCACCACGUCUUCAAGCAAACACUGACGAAGGCCCCGUAGGAGCGGUUAGAGGGAAGAGGGAGUUUCUGAGACCUCUCUCAAGUGUCUCCUCUCUUUGUCUCCCACUCUCACUCUCUCCCUCUCUCUCUCUCUCUUCCGCCGUCAGCGCCUUCUCCCGCAGAGUAUCUUCUGUCUCAGGUAGAGAAAAUGUGGACAAGGCUGCCUCAUCUCCGCCUCCUCCAUCUCCUCCUCCACAAGCGGGUCGUCUUCCUCCUCUUCAUCGUCCUCCUCCUCCUCCUCCUCCUCGCUCAGGAAGGCCACGGAGAUAUUUCUGGCUCGAGGCGCGAGUUGCCAGCACACAAGAGACAGUCUGUCCAAUACUCCACCCUGGUCGGCCCGUCCUUCCUCAACGUCUCCGCCCACGCCCAUGCCCACGCCCGCACGGGACACACCGCCUACCUCACCUGCGUCGUCAGAAACCUGCAUAAUUAUACGGUGUCAUGGGUGAGAGCGAGAGACAUUCAUCUGCUGACAGCGGGGGAGACCACCUACACCUCGGACCACAGGUUCGUGGCAGUGAAUCCUGGGGGCGGGCCUAAGUGGGUCCUACGACUGCACCACGCCCACCCAAAGGACGCCGGAACGUAUUUGUGUCAGGUUUCCGUCACGCCGCCCAUUAGCACGUCUGUCAACCUGCUCGUGACUGAGGCCUCGGCGCGCGUGUUUCCGGGGCCAGAGGUGUUCCUGAAGGCGAGCAGUCGGCUGGUGCUGGUGUGUGAGGUGCGCGGCUGUCCCUAUCCCGCCCACCCAACCUGGCAGCGCGGCAACAAGGUGGAGGGCGGAACACAAGUGGAAGAGGGUCACGUGACAGCCUCCACCUCCACCCCAGCUUACGAGGAGACUACCACCACCACCACAUCCACCACCACCACCACCACUCCCCUGGCCGCCCACAAUACCACCACUACCUUCACCACCACCACUGUAAUUCCCUCCACCACCACCACAGCCGCCCCCACCACUACAGCCACCACCACCACCACCACGCCCACGCCCAUAGGCCUGCCCAUAGCGAGGGUGACACUGGUGCGCCCAAAAGCCAAGGUCGCCCAUUCUGGUGUGUACACGUGUAUGAAUUCAUGUACACCACCAGUCAAUCUCACCUUACACGUCCUUAUAGGUGACGAAGAGACGGCUGCAAUGCAACAUCUGAGUGGGUCGCCGCGCCUCUCUCCGCCCUCUUGCUGGUUGCUCCCCGUCCUCGCAGCAAUGACGUCACUUCUGCAGCUGAUGACGUCAUGAAUCACGAUGACGCAACCAGCCCAGCGGGGGACACUUAGCUAAUAAUGAUAAAGAUAAUAAGAUAAUAGGUCAUAAGAGAUAUGUGGACUGUGUAGAUCCCCUCCCUUCUCUUUCAUCGUGCGGAGAGAGAGAGAGAGAGAGAGAGA